AUGCGCUUUGCGGGCGCUCUGCAGCUGCCUGCUGCUUGCCCUCUGCUGCGUGCAUAUAUCGGACACAACAGGGGCAUCGCGUGCACCUUGUCGGUGCCGCCGCUGCUGCGCCCGCGUGAUGGCCUUUCGCCCAAGCCCAUGCCCAACUCGCCGCCCAGCCUCAGCAGCUCAAGUGGACACAUUGCUGACCGCGAGUACAUCAUGAGCAACAGCGAAGGCAAGAGCCCGGUAGAGGAGGCGAUUGAGGAGAUGCAGCGCGAGGAGCGCGUCCGCGAUAUGCAGCGUUCCGUUGUGGAGGCGGUUGAGCGCGGCAAGAACUGGUGGAGGGAUUUGCCGGACAAGCGCACGUUUGUUGUGGGCGGUGUGGGGCUGGUGGUGGCGGGCUACCUGAGCAACCUGGUUCUGAGCGGCGUGGAGAGGGUGCCGCUGCUGCCGGGGCUGCUACAGGUUGUUGGUUUCGGAUUCAGUUGCUGGUUCGGUUGGCGUUACGUGCUGUUCGCGGAGGGGCGUCAGGACCUGCGGCAAGCUCUAUGGCAGCUGCGGAGAAAUGUGGCGGAAGGGGUGGAGGGGCUGGCGGAAAAAACAUUGGACACUCAUCCCAACCCCGGCACGGGGGAGACGGGCGCCGCCGCCACAGCGAGGCGGGUCGCUGACGGAGUGGCGGCCGCCCGCCGCGACGUCCCCACCACCAACCCGCAGCCGCCGGGGCAGCCGCGGGAUGACGGCAGCUGGGUGGACGAGCAGCCGCCGCACGCUGGAUCUGGAACCGCGCGCAUCACCGGGCUGGACGAGCAUUACGUGUCAGGACUACUCGAGGAGCUGGACGAGCACUCUCGCGGCACGACGACGGGAGGCCGCUCCCCCACCAGCAUUUUCGCCUUCCGCCUGGUUUCGGAGGCGGAUGAUGGUGAUGGACUGAGGGCUCCGGAACCGGGCGCUGACGAGACCGCCGCCGCGGUUGGUGGUGGUGGCGGCGGCGCCCCUGCCAGCCGGGACACGGGCAGCAGCCGGGGGGCCCCCACCGGCCCCGCCUCCGCCAUGUCCGCCGCCUCCGCCCCGUCGGCCCCCCGGGGCUCCACGACUGGCAUUCGGCCUCCUGACGGUAGCGACGGCGGCGGCAAAGCGGAGGGAGGUGCCGUACAUCACGACAUGGCGGAUCUGGAUCCUUGUCUGGGCUGGGACGUGGAGGCCUGUGCGGCCAGUGGGCACCUCAAGCUGGGGAAGCCGGACACGAGCAAGCUGGACUCGCUGGAGCUUGCCGCCCUCCGCCAGGCCAAGGAGGCGGUCCUUCACGAGCCUACCAGCCACGGCCAUGCAAGCCUGGAGUCCGUACAUUUGGAGGGGGAGUACGGCAGGGCGGCGGUGGUUGCCGUCGGCUAUCUAGGCCAGCAGCUGGAGGGCGCGUGUUCCGUCGCCUAUGUCUGGUCGCCUGGUACCCUAGUAUCUAGCCGGCGCCAGCAGCAGGGCCCCAGGGUCACAAAGUCCAACCGCAAACCGGUGGCGGGUGAGGAGGCGGGGAUCGGGCCCUGA